UUAGCGCUGGACGCAAUCCGGCGAAUUCGACCGUCAGUUAGGUUUAGCCCCUAAUCCUAAUCAAAGGGUGUUUGUGUGGUGUUGUUCGAGACCGCAGCUAGCCGCGAGAAACGGGAGUGAUCCUUAGUUCUACAAAUUGAAAAUUGUUAUUCAUCUGAAGACCGACAAAGAUGAGGAAAAUCGAUCUCGUUGUCCUUGUUGUGACAGUUAUAAUCCUGUUGGUUCACGUUCCUGUUUUCGAAGCGCGACGCGUAAAGCGGCAACAGUCCAAUCGAAGUCCCUUCUCCACCUACAUCCCGCUAAAUAAGAAAUUUGUUCGCAAUCGACCACUGCCACCGAGAACCACCAUCCAGCCCGACCUGACAACAAUCUUGGAGACACGGUUGCAUGGUUUACCGCCACCAUUCGAGUCCAAAGAACCGUCCAGGUCGCGUGAUUUUUACAUCUGCUUGGCCAGCUGUCUGACCUUGAGUCACUACAAUCCGGUCUGCGGAACGGACCACACCACCUACCACAACGUGUACAAAUUGGACUGUGCCAACCGGUGCGGGGCGAGACCCAGGGUGCAAGUCCGGAAGCCUGGGAUCUGCUAGAGGUGCCCGUAAUAAAUUAAUACUAGGGAAUGUUGGAAUAAAUAUUAAUGAAAUUUAA